AUGAAACAACAAAGAACUAGAAAACGCAAAGAUAUUUCAGAUAAUGUUAAAAAACAAGAGGAAAAACAAAAAAGGAGAAGAAAGAAAGUGGUGAUUGAAUCAUCAGAAGAGACAGUUUCUGAUUCCAAUGAUAAAAAAUCUAGACGUGCUAUCGUUCUGCAUAAUUCUAAACAAGAAGUAAAUUCAGUAAAUAAUCUAAAAGAUUAUAUUGAAAGUUUGUCAAAAGAGCAAAGGGAUGCUGUUAGAGAAAUAGGGUUUGAGAGCAUACUAAAAUUCAAUCUGCAUUCAGUUCCACGCAAAUUUGGAUAUUGGCUGGUAAAAAUCUUUGAUGCUGAUAAUAAUGAGAUAAAUACUGGAGUUGAAACCAUUAAGAUCACAGCUGAAUUUAUCCAAAAGAUACUAUUUGCUUACCAAAAACAAGGAUUUGACGAUGCUGAAAACACUGAAGUGUUCUCUCUUGAUAAAAUUGAUUCUACAACAUUACAAGAAUUUGAAGAUGAAUUGGAAAUUGCUGCGCAAAAUGAAGGGAGAUGUCUUAAUGAAAACGAAGAAAUUUUUGAAAAUGAAUCUGAAAAAAAUGAUGAAGACGAUGCUGAAGAACAACCAAUCACAUUACUUAAAGCUGCAACAGACUGGAUUGAUCAAAAAGAGAAUCAAGAAAAUGUUCAAAACAGCCCCAUUAAAACCAAUGAAACUGAGAAAACACAAACUGAAAGUGGAGGAUCAUGGGGGCAAUUCUUCAUUAAACCAUCAAUAGGAAAUAAAGAUAAAAUGUGGGUAGACAGUCAAAGCCGACUGCGUAAUUUCAUGCAAUCACAAAAUCAAAGUGAAGGUCUUCCUGACAUUCAUUCAACAAAAAGUGGCGAUGAAAAUAUGAAGAACAUUGAAGAUAAAAGAUCACAUGAAGAAUAUCUUGUGUCUGUUUUGGAUGAUCAUUUAAAAGGAUUCGAAGAUAUUUUCGAAAACAUCCAAUCACGCAUAGAUGAGCUUGUCGAAGAAUAUCCAAACAGUGAAGCUCUUCAUAACAAAGUAAACGAAUGGGUGUCAUUGAUGGAAAAAUUAAACCAUCAAGCAAAAAAGCACAAGAAAGUUAAUAUUGAUUCAAAUAUGAUGGAAACACCAUCAAGAUUUCUAAAUUUGAGCCAAAAUGAAGACACUGAAAAUCAAAUCAUUUCAACUCCAUUGGUUAUAAAACGCAAUGAUGAUGAUGAUGCAAAAUGCAAUGAGGAUAACAUAGUUGUAGUCCAGUCCUCCAGUCCAGAAAAAAACAGUAACAAUGACCCUGCAUCUAUUCUGCAAACACACAUGGAAAAACCUUCAUUGGAACAAUCAUCAUUUAGCGAAGAAACUCCAUCAGUUAUGUUGGAGAUGAUCAAAAGGACAGAUGAAGAAGAAAAAAAAUCUAAUCAAAGAAAAUUCAGGAUAAUGAGGGAUACUCUCUUUGAAAUCAAAGAACAUUUAUUUCUAUAUAGAUAUGCUGUUGAAACAAUGAGGCCAGGAUUGGAAAUCACCGGAGAAACUUUUCCAUUGAAUGAUAAAGAAGAAACAAAUAAAGAUAACAUGAUAGAAGCAUUCACAAUGAACAUAGAAAAAAUUCUUCAAGGUGCAAAGCUAAAAAGCAUAAAGGAUUUUAAAAUUAUCCUUGUCCCGAUUCUCCAUAUACAGCAUUUCUUUGUGAUCUCCUUCAAUCUUGAGGAGAACCAAAUAUUCAUCAUUGACAACAGUGCCAAAGAAGAAACAAAUGAAGCUAAAUAUGGGAAUGUGCCUGAAAAUACAAGGAAUGCUUUGGCAGCUUACCUUAAAUCUGUUGGACAUGAAAAAGCAGAUGAUAUAAAGAAUAUAACCCCUGUUAGAAUGCAGAUGAAAUGGAGGACACAAUAUAAUGGCAUUGACUGUGGUAUAUUCACUAUGCGUCAUAUGGAAUGUUAUCAUGGAGAACCGGUCGAAAAAUGGGAUUGUGGGUUUAACGUGGAGUAUGAACAACCUGCAAGGGAUAAAAACAAAAAACCAAUCAACAAGCAGACCGCACAACUUGAAGAUUUAAGAAGAAAGUUCAUUGCGAAGAUAUUAUUGCAUGAAAUCAACGAACAAAGAGAUUAUGUUAUUGAGGACUCAAAGAAGUUUCGAGACCUCAGUGCGAAACUUAAAAAACAAUCCUAUGACACUAGUUUAGAUAGGAUUAAAGACAUGCUUUCUAAUGCUGGUUUACUUUGA